CUUCUCUCUCUCUCUCACAUUUCCAUCUUUCUUUGUUUCUCUGCGGUGGGUUCUAGCUGUGUGUGAAAAGGUAUACUGAAAUGCAUGGGUUGGAUUUGGGAACCCAGACAAGAAAGCCUUUCUUUUUUGCCAAUCUGAUUAUUAAGGUUUGCUUUUCUUAAACUUCAUUCAUUCACCAUUUCUUGGACAACAUUGUAUGCUUUCUCUGUUUGCUGUGAACUGUGAAGUACUGAAACAAAAAAGGUUUCUUUUUUAUCAAUCUUUACUUUACUUUAGCAAUCUCCUGUUAGGGUUUUAAUCUUUUGUUUUGUGGGAGUUAGUUUUACUGAAAAAUUGUGAGAAUUAGUGGGGAAAUGCUGCAGAUUUUAGGUUUAUGAAGAAAUAGAGGAAUGGGGGGAACAAGUUCAAAGGGUGAGAGGAGUGAAGCUUUGAGAUUGUGUAAGGAGAGGAAGAGAUUCAUCAAGAAUGCCAUAGAUUCUAGGUAUGCUUUAGCAGCUGCCCAUGUUUCCUAUGUUCAAUCCCUGAGAAACCUAGGAUUUGGUCUGAGGAGGUAUGCUGAGGCUGAGAUGUUGAUAGAGUCAUCUGUCUCAGCUUCUGCCCCUGACAUGGACAAAACCCCCUCACAUUCCUCAUAUCCAUCACCCUCACCAUCCCACAUUGGUGGGGUGUCCGAUUCCCCCGUGCCCAACGAGAGCCCCGUGUCGCCCCUCACUACUAGGAUGAGUUACAUGAGGCUAGGGGGGACUGGUGCUGUUACUGUUAAAAUGGCGCCCCCUGUCGUGAAUGGGUAUGUGGAAGAAGGCGGAUUCGCAAUGCCACCGCCCCCUCCUCCUCCCGAGGCAGGGUAUUCUUGGGAUUUCUUUUAUCCCCCCGAUGAUUCCGAGAGCUUUAGGUUUGUGGCUCAUAAUGAUGCUCAUAUGAGCGAGGAAAAGGAUGAUGAUGAUGAUGUUGGUAAUGGGGGUCAAGAAGAAUUCAUGACGCCCAAAUCCGAGCCUAGACAUAACGGGCGUACUAAAUCAGAUGUGGAUAAUUCACAUUUCACACCCGAGAGGACAGACAAUAAUUGUCGGGAGGCAAUUGAGAACGAAGCUAACAAUGAUCGAAGCCAAGAAAUGGGAAAAGAGACUGGCAAAGAUGUGGAAAGUAAAGAUGGUCUACAACCGUCUGGAUCAAGGGGAGAUAAUAAUAAGUGUUUGGUGGAGAAAGAUGCGCGUGCACAAAGAGAGGAUCCUUCCGAGUUCAUAACACAUAGGGCUAAAGAUUUUCUCUCGAGUAUAAAAGACAUCGAGCAUCGGUUCACAAGAGCAUCAGAGUCUGGUAAAGAAGUCUCCCGGAUGCUCGAGGCUAACAAAAUUCAUGUCGGAUAUUCAAUGGCUAAAGGCAAUUCACCGGCUGCACUCUCCCUCACUUCCAUUGGCACAGUUUGCUGCCGAAGAGGAACCAACAAAAAUGUUGGUGAAGGGGAGCAGCACGCAACAAAGAUUAUUACUUGGAAACGGACAACAUCUUCGAGAUCAUCGUCAUCAAGAAACCCUCUUAAUACAAAGGAUGACAAUGAUGAUAGUGGAAGCGAUUUUGUUGAUGAUUUCUGUAUGAUCUCCGGAAGCCACUCAUCCACUCUCGACAGACUAUAUGCAUGGGAGAGGAAGCUCUAUGACGAAGUGAAGGCAAUUGAGUCAAUUAGAAGGGAUUAUGAUCGAAAGUGCGACCAGCUAAGGCACCAAUCUGCAAAAGAUCUGAGUGCCCAAGUAAUUGACAAAACCCGAGCAGGGGUAAAAGACCUGCAUUCACGAAUCAGGGUGGCGCUUUAUUCUGUCGACUCGAUAUCAAAGCGAAUUGAGAAAAUGAGGGAUGAAGAGUUGUUGCCUCAACUUUUGGAACUUAUUCAAGGGUUGAACAGAAUGUGGAGAGCCAUGCUUGAAUGCCAUCACACUCAGUAUAUUACUAUAUCCCUAGCGUACCACGCCAAAACUUCAACUGGAAGUCCACGGGGAAACAUGCAAAAGCAGAUUAUGGAUCAACUGCUCAACGAAGUGGAGUGUUUUGGCUUGAGUUUUGCUGAUUGGAGCAACAGCCAUACGAUGUACGUAGAAGCUCUUAAUGCCUGGCUACAGAACUGCAUAUUGCAACCUCGAGAGCAGGUCAAGAGGAGAAGAACCUUUUCGCGACCCCUUUCCCCACGACGAGGAGUGCCCCCUCCAAUAUUUGUUUUGUGUCAGGCCUGGUUAUCCAAUAUUCAAUCUCUGCCAUCUCGAGAACUCAACGAUGCCAUCAGAGCCUUUCUGUAUGACCUAAGCCAGUCAGGCGAACACCACCCGGAGGAACAACACAAGAAAGAAACAACUGUUGAUGCUACCAACACCGGGGAAGGAGGGAAGAGCAGCGAGACAUCAUCAGACUUGAACUGCAUACAUGCGAGCUUGACAAGAGUUCUCAACAGACUGACAAAAUUCUCCGAGGCUUCUUUGAAAAUGUGUGAAGAUGUCAGGCAGAGAUGCGAGAUGGCUACAAAUGCAUAUGUGAACUAUAAACCACCAAGAUCUUUCAGCAUAUGAUACCCUUCAAAUCUUUAUUUAUGAAAGUAGAUGUCUGCAACUAUAAACACCUGUAAAUCAAAGUACAGGAAGCUUUUUCAUGCAUAGGAUAUGAUCUUAGUGAGGAAUGGAUGGUUGUGAUUUGUGGAACAGAACACUAUUUCAUAUUAAUGCUAAAUGAUACACAUCUUUCUAUA